AUGAAGAUGUUUUACUCUUUUCUUCAGAUCAGCAGGAAUAUGCAUCAAGGAAACCAAACCACCGUCUCUGAAUUCAUUCUCCUGGGACUCUCCAGUCAGGCUGAGCAGCAGAAGCUUCUCUUUGUGUUUUUCCUGGGUAUGUACCUAGUCACUGUGGUCGGGAAUGGGCUCAUCAUAAUGGCCAUCAGCUUGGAUUCUAAUCUUCACACCCCCAUGUAUCUCUUCCUUGCUAAUCUAUCCUUUGCUGAUAUGUCCUCCAUUUCUACCUCAGUCCCCAAAAUGCUGUUGAAUAUUCAGAUGAAGAGCCAAUCUAUCUCCUAUGAGAGUUGCAUCACGCAGAUGUAUUUUUCUAUUGUAUUUGUUGUCAUUGACAAUUUCCUCUUAGGGCUCAUGGCCUAUGACCGCUUUGUAGCUAUCUGUUAUCCUCUCAACUACAUGUCCAUUAUGCAUUCCAGGCUUUGCAUCUUGCUCACAAUCAUUCCGUGGGUCCUCAGUAACCUUGUGGCCCUGACACAUACCCUUCUGCUCAUUCAGUUGCUCUUCUGUGACAGAAAUACUAUCCCACACUUCUUCUGUGACUUGGCUCCUUUGCUCAGAGUGUCCUGCUCAGAUACCACUAUCAAUGAGUUUGUGAUGUUCUUUCUGGGCUUAUCUGUUAUUACCUUCCCCUUCGCCCUCAUCCUCUUCUCCUACAUCCGCAUCAUCAGAGACGUCCUGAGAAUCUCAUCCACCAAGGGAAAGUGGAAAGCCUUCUCCACCUGUGGCUCUCACCUAGCGGUUGUGUUUCUCUUCUAUGGGACCAUUGUAGGAGUUUACUUCUUCCCCUCAUCAACUCACCCCGAGGACACAGACAAGAUUGGUGCAGUACUUUUCACUGUGGUCACACCCAUGAUGAACCCCUUCAUCUAUAGUCUGAGGAACAAAGAUAUGAAAGGUGCUCUGAGAAAGCUCCACAGUAGAAAAAUGUUCCUGUUUUUGAUGCCCCAAGCAUCUAAACUCCUUUUCUCCUCAUAA